UUUUCGGAUGGGUAAGAACAUCAGUCAGAGUCACGUGCAGACGUUAUCUCAUCCACCCAUUCUCUCAUCGAAGAUUCAUCGAAUUUUUCGGACCUCCCUCCGCCCAUAUAUCCUAGGGUCGCUGUCGAUUCCCAUUUCCAGCCUUAACAGCCCCGAUUCACCAAAGCGAUAUCUAUCAAUAUCCACCAUGCCUGCCGGAGAGAAGAGCACUAAAAUGCACUCCAAAGUGGUGAUCAUCGGUUCAGGUCCUGCAGGACACACCGCCGCCAUCUAUCUCGCGCGUGCCAACCUCAACCCCGUGUUGUUCGAAGGAUUCAUGGCGAACGGUUUCGCAGCGGGAGGGCAGCUGACGACCACGACCGACAUCGAGAACUUCCCCGGUUUCCCCAGUGGAAUCAUGGGCCCUGAGCUCAUGGACAAAUUCCGGGAUCAGUCUAUCCGAUUCGGCACGCAGAUUAUCACGGAGACUGUGUCGAAGAUCGAUUUUUCGUCGCGACCCUUCCGGUAUUGGAGGGAGAUGCAGGAAGACGAGGAGCCCGAGACAGCUGAGACGAUCAUCAUCGCCACGGGCGCCAGCGCGAAGCGUCUGGGACUCAAGGGCGAGGACCUCUACUGGCAGAGCGGGAUCAGUGCGUGUGCCGUAUGUGACGGCGCUGUGCCCAUCUUCCGCAACAAGCCUCUGGCGGUCAUUGGUGGGGGCGACUCGGCCGCGGAGGAGGCUACCUACCUGACGAAGUACGGCUCGCACGUCUACGUUCUUGUUCGAAAAGCCGAGUUGCGGGCUUCGAAGAUCAUGGCCAAGCGUUUGUUGAACAACCCGAAGAUCACUGUUCUCUGGAACACAGUCGCGACUGAAUGUGUUGGGGACGGUGAUCUCCUGCAAAGCCUGCGGAUCAAGGACGUCGUCUCGGGCGAGGAGAAGACGCUGCCCGUCAAUGGAUUGUUCUACGCAAUUGGCCACGAACCUGCGACCGACCUGGUCCGCGACCAGCUGCAGACCGAUACCGACGGGUACAUCGUCACCGUACCAGGAACAACGCAGACCUCCGUCAAGGGCGUCUUUGCGGCCGGUGAUGUCCAGGACAAGAGGUACCGACAGGCUAUCACCAGUGCUGGCAGUGGUUGCAUGGCAGCCCUGGAGGCUGAGCGCCUCAUCGCUGAGGAAGAGGAGCUCGGUGUUGCCGAGGCGUAGAUAUAGAGGAAUUCUUGUAAAUUUAAACGAAAUAAAUUCGGUCCCAUUUAAACUCA